AAGAUAAAACGUCAUUCUUCAUGGAAAAGACUAAUGUGGACCAUGCGGAACCAACAGAGCCUAUAAAUAUUAGGCUAGUAAAGAAAGUCUGGAGGACAUUUCAUUGAACAAACCAGCAGACAACCAGCACGACUUCUAACAUGUCCCAGCUCCUGUUUAUUUUGAUGUUUUAUGCUCUUUCUUCGCUUCAGAUUUUGUUUAUUAAGGCAAAGGAAGAAUGCCAGAUAUCUGAAGUGUUACAGCUCAAAGAAGAAAUACGUAAGCUUAAUAAUAAAUUGUUGGUCGGGGAGUGGAAAGUUAUGCAUCUGCGUGAUCACCGUCGAUUCAAGUUAUUACCACAAGACAGUAAGACAUAUGAAAACAACACUGAACCAUUACCAACUUUAAUGAAGACUGGAGGCAACUUACUAGUUCAUGACAGAGAUUGCUCUGAGUUAUAUGAUAGACUAAAACCAGAAACUGGAUUCUACAGAAUUAAGCCCAAAUCAUCAGUUGAACCGUUCCUUGUGUACUGCGAUAUGGAUGAUGGUGGGGGCUGGACUGUGAUUCAAAAACGUGUCAAUGGUAAAGUUAGUUUUGACAGAACCUGGGAGGAAUACAAGAACGGAUUUGGUCACUUCCAGUCGAGUAAAGACGAAUUCUGGCUUGGGAAUGAUCAUAUUCAUGCCUUGCUUAAAGACGGUGAGAAUGUGAUGAAAAUCGAUUUGAUGGAUUGGAAAGGACAGAGGUCCUAUGCAGUGUAUGACAACUUCAGAGUGUCUGCCGAAAAGGACAAGUACAGGUUGCAUUAUGGGAUGUACAGUGGUCAGGCGGGAGAUGCCCUGUCUGGAGGAGCCAAUAUGGUAGAGCAGUGGUCAGCGUCUCAUAAUGGCAUGCAAUUCAGCACUCGUGACCAGGAUCACGAUCGAUACCGGCAUGGCAACUGUGCUGUGGAAAACAGAGGAGGAUGGUGGUACAACAGGUGUCAUGCUGCCAAUCUUAAUGGGAGAUUUUACAGAGGUGGAGAGUACAAAGCCAAGUAUGAUAAUGGUGUGGUCUGGAGCACCUGGAAAGGGCUGUGGUACUCUCUCAGACACACCACCAUGAAGAUCCGACCCAGUACCUACAUGGAUAAUCUAGGUAGUGGAGCAGGACCGGCAGAGUAAAAAGGCACACUUAAAAUCUUUAUACAUUUAUGUACUUUACAGUGUAUUAAAGAAGCUAUAUGUAGAUUUUUGACUGUACAACGUAUAAAAAAACCACUAUAUUUUUUACAGAUAUGUUUGAAACAUGUUAACUUCAC